AUGAUGCGCGCCAGGCCCAAAGGUACAUUCGCCGACGCGAUGAGGGAGAGCUCCCCUCCUCCUGCUGCUGCAUCGGCGGCGGCGGUGAAGGAGGACGAGUGGGAGGUGCGUCCGGGCGGGAUGCUGGUGCAGAGACGGAGCCCCGACGCCGACGCCCCCGCCGGGGCGCCCGUCCCUACCAUCCGCGUCAAGGUCAAGUUCAACGGCGUCUACCACGAGAUCUACAUCAACUCGCAGGCCUCCUUCGGUGAGCUGAAGAAGAUGCUGUCGGCGCGGACGGGGCUGCACCCGGAGGACCAGAAGCUGGUGUACAAGGACAAGGAGCGGGACUCCAAGGCGUUCCUGGACAUGGCCGGCGUCAAGGACCGCUCCAAGAUGGUGCUGCUCGAGGACCCCGCCGCGCAGGCCAAGCGCCUCCUCGAGCAGCGGCGCGCCGACAAGGCGGAGCGGGCCGCCAAGUCCAUCUCCCGCAUCAGCCUCGACGUCGACAAGCUCGUCACCAAGGUGUCGGCGCUGGAGACCAUCGUCGUCAGCAAGGGCGGCAAGGUAGCGGACGCCGACGUGGUCGCCCUUACCGAAGCGCUCAUGAACGAGCUGGUCAAGCUGGACUCCGUCGCCGCCGAGGGCGAGGUCAAGGUGCAGCGGCGAAUGCAGGAGAAGCGGGUGCAGAAGCACGUGGAGACGCUGGACGCCAUCCGCGCGAAGAACGCGGCGGCGCAGGCCAAGGCCAACGGUAGCAUGGACGUGGACGGCCACGCCAAGGCCCGCGCGCCGCACCGCCCGCCGCCCGUGUCGCAGAGGCGGAACUUCCAGCAGCCUUCCCCGGCGCCGCCCGCGCAGAGCUGGGAGUCGUUCGACCUGCUGUCGUCGGUGCCGUCCACGUCCUCGGCCGCCGUGACCACCACCUCGCCGGCCGUCGCCUCCCCGAUCCCGCGGUUCGACUGGGAGCUCUUCUGA